AUGCCAGAGAGAGGAAGACACCACAGGAGUGAAGAGUACGAGAGCAGGGACCACAGGGAUUACAGGGACAAGGACUACAGGGACAGAGACAGGGACUACAGGGACAGGGACCAUGGGGACCACAGGGACUACGGGGACCGGAACCCGAAGCCGAGAGAGGGUGGAGGCUCUGCUGGUGACAGGAGGAGCAGACAGAGGGAGGAGCCUCCUGCUCCCAGAGACCAGGACCAUGGAGGACCCUCCAGACUGUCCAGAGAUCCUGUUUAUCAGCCUGAAGAAGAAUAUAAUUAUGAGCCUCAACACAAACAAGCUCUGUACAACCUGAGAUACGUCUUAACCAGCAGAGGUCUGUGUCAGAUCAUGGAGCUCUUUGUGAACAUGCUCAUCGUCAUCUGUGCCGGCGUGCCGUACAGCAACAACGGGGGCUACCGGGACCUGGCCAGCCUGGGGGGCGUCUACUACUACCACUUCGGAGGGGCCCAGGCCUUCAUGGGGGCCGACGCGGACCGCGUGAAGGAGCUGGACCGCCAGUUCCACCAGCUGAAGCGCCCCCCCUACGUCUUCACCAUGGCCUGUGGAGGACUCCUGAUGGUCUACGCCUGCACCAUGCUGGCCCUGGGGGUCUUCAGGGUCCCGUACCGCUGGCCCCCCGUGCUGCUGGGCGAGGCCCUGCUGAACGCCCUGAUCGGGCUGGGCUACGUCCCGGCGCUGGCCUUCUUCUUCAUCAAGCUGCAGGAAACCUACGACAACCCGAUCUGCACCGAGAGGGAAGCCAUGUACAAGAGCAAAGGACACAAAGGCUUCGAGUGUCAGAUCCACGGGGCCGACAUCGCCACGGGGCUCUUCGCCGUCAUCGGGGUCUUCGUCUUCAUCUUCGGGGCCGUUUUAGCCGUCAGAGCCUUCAGGGCUGUGAGGGAGCUGAAGCAGCAACGGACAAACGACGACAACAAUUUAUAACAGGGAUGGGCAACUUAAAUGCUGCAGGGGGCCACAAUCACUUCACCAGAUAUGAUGAAACUGCAAUUUUAAAUAUAUUUACAGUGCAGUAACUUAACAUAUUUCAUGCUCAAAUGCAUGUUUAACAGUAUAAAUAGGAAUACAAAAGGUUUGAAGCAAAUCAAAAAUAACCACUUACUGUGAUUUCUU